AUGCAAAAUGGUGCGCAGCCGUGGGGAGGGGGGGGCGGCCGCGAGCGGCGCAGCAUGAUCCGCGCGGAGUUGAUAUCCAAGACCGGCAUUGCUAUUUUCGCCGGGCUGUGCCUCGGCAGCUUCUUUGCCGUCAUCGUCGCCACAAGUUCCCACGAUCAUGAGCAGGACCGCACGACAACCUAG